GUCAGGUCAGUCCACGCCUGGUAGGAGAACUUCCUUCAGAGCCAGAGCCGGAAGGGGGCAAACAGAUGAAGAGGAGAGACCCAGGAAGCACAACAGAUACCUUGUGGUGAUCCUCCCGCCGCUGGAAGGCCCCCCUGCCCAGGCAUCCCCGAGCAGCACCACGCUUGGUGAGGGCUCCCAGCCUGAUUGGCCGGGGGGCAGCCGCUAUGACCUGGACGAGAUUGACGCCUACUGGCUGGAGCUGAUCAACUCGGAGCUUAAGGAGAUGGAGAGGCCGGAGCUGGAUGAGCUGACAUUAGAGCGUGUGCUGGAGGAACUGGAGACCCUGUGCCACCAGAAUAUGGCCAGGGCCAUCGAGACGCAGGAGGGGCUGGGCAUCGAGUACGACGAGGAUGUUGUCUGUGACGUGUGUCGCUCUCCUGAGGGCGAGGAUGGCAACGAGAUGGUCUUCUGUGACAAGUGCAACGUCUGUGUGCAUCAGGCAUGCUACGGGAUCCUCAAGGUGCCCACGGGCAGCUGGCUGUGCCGGACGUGUGCCCUGGGUGUCCAGCCAAAGUGCCUGCUCUGCCCCAAGCGAGGAGGAGCCUUGAAGCCCACCAGAAGUGGGACCAAGUGGGUGCACGUCAGCUGCGCCCUAUGGAUUCCUGAGGUGGGUGGGCGUGGAGGUGAGGCAGCCCGAGGAGCAGCCCAUGGGGAAGUGAGUGUGCAUGGGACUCAGGUAGCAGAGCACUGGGAAAGGAAGGUGAUGGACUCACAUUAAAACACUGGCAUCGGCUGGGCACGGUGGCUCACGCCUGUAAUCCCAGCAUUUUGGGAGGCCGAGGUGGGUGGAUCACUUGAGUUCAGGCGUUCAAGACCAGCCUGGCCAACAUAGCAAAACCCCCUCUCUACAAAAAUUAGGAGUGCAUGGUGGCACGCACCUAUAGUCCCAGCUACUCAGGAGGCAGAGGCAGGAGAAUCACUUGAACCCGGAGGUGCAGGUUGCAGUGAGCCGAGAUCACACCACUGCACUUCAGCCUGGGUGGCAGAGUGAGUCUCCAUCUCAGAAAAAAACACACACACUGGGAUCUCAGGUGAUGGGCCAGCGAGGAAUCCAGACCACAGCUCUAGGGAGCUUUGCUUGUGGACUUGGACAGAGCUCAGGUGGUGAGUUCUAUGAGAAAAUGGGGUUAUGGACUGCUGGGAGAUUCAGGAGACAGGUAGAAGGUCUGGACAGAAGUCAGGCAGCUGACUAGAGGGGAAAGCAGGUUGUGAGGUCCAUCUAAACCUAGGCAGUGGUUCCAACCAAAGUCAAGCCACAUGUUCAAAACAGAGAUAAGCCAACUAACCUUAAAAGAGAAUCGGGGCCAGGCGCAGUGGCUCAAGCCUGUAAUCCCAGCACUUUGGGAGGCCGAGACGGGUGGAUCACGAGGUCAGGAGAUCAAGACCAUCCUGGCUAACAUGGUGAAACCCCAUCUCUACUAAA